AUGAGCACAUAUGGGACGCUGCUCAAGGUGACCUCGUUCGGAGAGAGCCACGGAAAAGCAAUCGGGUGCGUAAUAGAUGGGUUCCUUCCAAACAUUGAAAUAAAUUUCGAGUUGAUACAAAAACAAUUAAACAGGAGAAGACCAAAUCAGUCCAAGCUAACGAGUAACCGAAAUGAACAGGAUCAAUUAAUUGUCCUUUCAGGUUUUCAUGAAAAUAAAACUUUAGGAACACCAAUCACUUUCAUAAUUAAUAAUGAAGAUGUGAAAAAAGAAAAUUAUUCCUCCUUGAUAAAUAUUCCCAGACCCGGACAUGGGGAUUAUACAUAUUUUAAAAAAUAUAAUGUGAAAAAUAAAAGUGGAAGUAGCCGUUUUUCCGGCAGAGAAACAGCUACCCGUGUGGCAGCAGGUGCUUGCAUAGAGCAGUGGUUGAACAAAUUUUACCAAUGCACUAUCGUUUGUUAUGUCCACUCGGUGGGCAAUAUAAGGUUACCUGAACAGAUCAUCACAAAUUUUGAACGCAACCCACCCUCGAGAGAUUUAGUCGACACCUAUGGGGCUGUCCAGUACGACGAAAGGAGAGGCAUCUUCAUCGAUUUCUUCCGCAAUGUGUACAACGCUGAUGGGGAGUUACUUCAGGAGGGACCGUUUCCCACUGGAGAAGCCGCUCCCACACAUGAACGCAUAAACAGCACAGGUGAGUACACCCUGCUGCAAACCAGAUGCCCUCAUCCAUUUACGGCAGUCCAAAUAUGUUCAUACAUUUUAAAAUUAAAAGAAGCGGGGGAUAGCGUAGGGGGAGUAGCCACUUGUAUUGUGCAUAAUGUGCCUGUAGGCAUUGGAGAACCUAUUUUUGAAAAAAUGGAAGCAGAAUUGGGCAAAAUUGUUCUUUCCAUUCCAGCAGUGAAGGGUAUCGAAUUUGGUAGUGGGUUUGACGGAACCUACAUGCUCGGGUCGAAUCAUAACGAUGUGUUCACCACGUUGGAUGCAUCACAGGAGAGGCCUUAUCAGAGGGGGUGGACUCUCACGGAUCCGCUUGACAAAAAAGGGGGGGAAGAAAGUCAUGUAGAGGAAGGCAAUGUUUUCGAAAAAAACGACUGCCAUCGAUGCGACCAUACGUUUAAUCGACCCGACCAUACGUUUAAUCGACCCGACCAUACGUUUAAUCGAUCCGACCAUACGUUCACUCGAUUGCGCCAUCGAGUCGACGACUCGAUGCGGGAAGCUUCUCCACCUAGUGACGAAAAACUACUCAUCACAACAACUAACAACUGCGGAGGCAUCUUAGCAGGAAUAACAACAGGAAAUAAUAUUGUCUUCAGAUCGGCCAUAAAGCCAGUGUCGUCCAUACAAAUAGAAAAGGAAACUUGUAAUUUUUUUGGACAAAGGUGUAAACUCAAAGUAAAAGGAAUGCAUGACUGCUGCAUUUUGCCCAGACUGCCCCCCAUCAUUGAAGCCUCCACUAGUAUUGUAAUCGGAGAUAUGAUACUGCGACAAGUGGCUAAGUAUGGCCAUAGCAACCUUCCCUCUGUGGGGCACCUCUCCCCUUCGACGGAGUAG